AUGCUGUCCACCCUCCGACCAGCGGCGACGCGUGCUACCUUGCGGCAACAGGCCGUCAACCCCCAAGUGGUCCGUCUCGCCGCCGCGGCGUCGACAUGGGCGCACGUCAAGGAAGGCCCUCCCGACGCCAUCCUGGGCAUCACGGAGGCGUUCAAGAAGGACAGCUUCAAAGAGAAGAUCAACCUGGGUGUUGGCGCAUACCGUGACGACAAGGGCAAGCCGUACGUCCUCCCCAGCGUGCGCACGGCCGAGCAGAAAGUCGUCAAUUCGACUAUGGACAAGGAAUACGCCGGCAUCACGGGCGUCCCGUCGUUCACCAAGGCGGCCGCCCUCCUCGCGUACGGGCCGAACAGCAAACCCAUCGCCGAGGACCGCGUGGCCAUCACGCAAUCCAUCUCCGGCACGGGCGCGCUGAGGAUAGGCGGCGCGUUCCUGCAGAGAUGGUACCCCGGCAGCAAGACCAUCUACAUCCCGACGCCGUCGUGGGCGAACCACAAGGCUGUCUUCUCCGACUCCGGGCUCGAGGUCAAGCAGUACAAGUACUACAACAAGGACACCAUCGGGCUGGACUUUGACGGCAUGAUUUCUGACCUGCAGAGCUUCCCCGAGGGGUCCAUCGUCCUGCUGCACGCCUGCGCCCACAACCCUACGGGCAUCGACCCUACGCAGGAACAGUGGCAGCAGAUCGCCCGGGUCAUGAAGGACAAGAACCACUACCCGUUCUUCGACAUGGCAUACCAAGGGUUCGCAUCGGGGGAUACGGACAAGGACGCCUACGCGGUGCGCCACUUCAUCGAGCAAGGGUUCGGCCUGGUGCUGGCGCAGUCGUUUGCCAAGAACAUGGGCCUCUACGGCGAGCGGGUCGGCGCGUUCAGCAUCGUGUGCGACAGCGCCGAGGAGAAGAAGCGCGUGGACAGCCAGAUCAAGAUCCUCGUCCGGCCGCUGUACUCGAACCCGCCCAUCCACGGUGCGCGCAUCGCCAGCGAGAUCUUGAACGACCAGGGCCUCAACAAGCAGUGGCUGGGCGAGGUCAAGGGUAUGGCGGACCGCAUCAUCGAGAUGAGGGCCCUGUUGAAGAAGAACCUGGAGGAUCUGGGCAGCAAGCAUAACUGGAAUCACAUUACGGAUCAGAUCGGCAUGUUCGCCUACACCGGUCUGAAGCCCGAACAGAUGGACACCCUCGCCAAGGAACACUCUGUCUACGCGACCAAGGACGGCCGUAUCUCCGUGGCAGGCAUCACCACGGACAACGUCAAGAGACUCGCCGAGGCCAUCUACAAGGUGACCGGCUAG